CCUUUCCUAAUACCACGCCAUUCUCAUUUCUCUCUGCAUUUUUCUCUCUCCUAGGGUUAGGGUUUACACAGUCUCUCUCUCUCUAAAGCUCUGUGUCUUUUCACUCUCCGAGACUCAAUGGCGCAACAGGAAGUCACCAAUGGAGGUUCUGAGAAGAAGACCGGUGGUGGAAAUGACAUCAUGGAGGUGAUUGAGGUGAAGUUCACGGCGUUGAAGCCACAGCUGGUGGUGGAGGCUCCGAAAGCAAACGAAGCUAUUCUGUUCUACAAGGCUGCUUUCGGCGCUGAAGAGCUUGGCCGUACCUUGCACCCUAAGCGUAAGGCUGACCAAGAGCUCCCUCUCAUUCUCUCUGCUCAGCUCAGCCUCGCUGGCUCCACGAUUCUCGUCUCUGACCUAGCUGAUCCUUCUGAGACUCCGGCCAAGACUGAGGGAACCGGACUCGUUUUCUACUUGGAGACUGAUGACGUGGCGAGUGCUAUCAACAAGGCGGUGGGCGCUGGAGCUGUUGUUGUGAGCGAGAUCGCCGAGGGUGAGGGCGCGGGCUGUGGACUAUCGCGCGUUGGCAAGGUGAAGGACCCUUACGGCGUCGUUUGGGCUAUCGGCUCUCCCGCUGUGAAGGCCGCUGUCGUGGAAGCUUGAUGACCGUCGGAUCUUAUCAUUUCUCUGUCAAGCAACUGUUCAUCUUUUGUGGGACCCGCGCAUCGAAAAAAAGUCUCUAGCGGUUAGGAUUUAGGUGGUGAUAGGUUUUUAGGCCUAGAAUUUGAUAAUUCUGUCAUUUGGAAAAAAAAAAAAAAAAAGGAAAAAAAGAAAAGUCUUUUGGAAUAGGAUGUUUAAUGGACAGCUGGCAGUUACUUGACUUUUAAAUGCUACUAGUACUAUGGCUAUGAGGCUCUAUCUACUCUUUCUGGUUCACAUUAA